AAAUAUUGACCAGGCUGCUGUGAUCUUUAAACACCAUUUUCCUGUGGGUAGGAUGUGAUGCAGUGCUAAAGACCCAGGGCCCUCAGCCCAGACACCUUGCUAGGAUGGUGCCAGCAUGGCUGUGGCUGCUGGGAGCAGGGAUCCUGGUCUCCGUCCACUGUCAGCCCUUUCCUGCCCAUGGAGAUAAGAGUCUGGGGGUGCCCAAGACUCAAGCGUCCAGUGCUCAGCUCUCAGCGCCAGCCCCCGCCUACCAUAAGGUCACACCCACCAUUACCAACUUCGCUUUGCGUUUGUAUAGGCAGCUGGCCGAAGGAACCCCAGGAAACAUCCUCUUCUCCCCUGUGAGCAUUUCUGCCACCCUGGCCCUGCUCUCCCUUGGGGCCCAAGCUAACACCUCGACUCAGAUCCUAGAGGGCCUUGGCUUCAACCUCACGGAGACCCCACGUGCCGACAUCCACCAGGGCUUUCAGAGCCUCAUCCACACCCUUGACCUGCCCAGCCCCAAACUUGAACUGAAAGUAGGCAGCUCCUUGUUCCUGGACAAGCAGCUGAAGCCCCGGCAGCACUUUUUGGACAACAUCAGGGAGCUGUAUGGGGCCUUUGCUUUUUCUGCUAACUUCUCAGACUCUGCUACAACUAGGAGGCAGAUUAAUGACUACGUGAGAAAGCAAACGUACGGGCGAGUGGUGGAUUGCCUCCAGGAUUUCACCGAAGACACGCUCAUGGUGCUCUUGAACUACGUCUUCUUCAAAGCCAAGUGGAAGCAUCCUUUCAAUCACUACCAGACCCAGAAGCAAGAGAGCUUCUUUGUGGAUCAGAGGACCUCCCUCCGCAUCCCCAUGAUGCAUCAAAAGGAAAUGCACAGGUUCUUCUACGACCAGGAGAUGGCUUGCACCGUCCUCCAGAUAGAAUACAGCGGAAACGCCCGGGCCCUGCUCAUCCUCCCUGACCCGGGGAAAAUGGAGCAGGUGGAGGCCACUCUGCAGCCUGAGACCCUGAGAAAAUGGGGCCAAUUGCUCCUGCCCAGCCUGUUGGAUCUACAUUUGCCAAGGUUUUCCAUUUCUGGAACAUACAACCUAGAAGAAAUACUUCCCCACAUUGGUCUCACUGACAUAUUCAACUUGGAAGCUGACUUCUCAGGAAUCACUGAGCAGCUCAACAAAACCAUCUCCAGGGUGUCACACAAGGUGGCAGUGGACAUGAGUGAGCGGGGAACCGAGGCAGGGGCUGCCUCAGGCCUCCUCUCCCAGCCCCAGUCUCUGAACAUGACAUCGGCCCCACCCACCCAUUUCAACAGGCCUUUCCUGGUGCUCCUUUGGGAGGUGACCACCCAGAGCUUACUGUUCCUGGGAAAAGUCGUCAACCCAGUGGCAGGGUGACAUGGUCGGAGGCCAGGGGGUGUCUUGUUUCUCCCCCACCAACCAAACAGGGAGCCAGCACCAGCCUACAUCAUGGGGGGCUGUGAGGGCCAGUUCAUCAGUGUGCAAAGAUCCUAAUAAAGUUGACCUUGGGUUAUGUGAACACCGAA